UGCACUUAUUGUAAGUCUCUUUGGAUAAAAGGGUCAGCUAAAUAUAAUGUAAUAUAACAUGGAGUCUUUUUUCGUUACCUCUUCAGGAAUUCCGCUGGUCCACUUUUUUCUAGCAGAAAAGAAGAGAAAUAACAGAAUUUGCAUCCUCCUCCUGAUGUCUGAGCUAACCACCAUGGAGUGGACACAUCAGAACAUAAUUUGUUUUCUAAGGUCAAAUUUUGGUGAGCAUUUGCAAAGAAAUCCAGAUGCUACCAACACGCAACUGUUCUCUUUUUUGGCGCUGUUGAACGCGUACCUUCCUCAGUCCUCCCUCCUGAUGUCUGAGUGCCAACAGAUCCUUGGACCCCCCGAUCCGAUCGACGGGGGCCCCCCCUUUGAAGAAAGAAUGAAGCCAUUUAACAUCCUCAUCAAAAUAUCGGAUCAAUGCUGUUCGAUUGACCCAGUUUCUGCACAGUGUUCUGUGCAGCUCCUGGCUGAAUAUGGAAUUUCCAGGAGUACCACAGUGAAGAAAUUGAUCAUCUCCCUUUGUGGAGAUCACCCCAAAAAAUAUGUGCUUACGUUCAUCAAAGAUUUACUGACAAACAGAAAAGUUGGAGGAAAACGUAAAAAUAAGUUCUCAAGGUUGAUUGAAGACAUAACGGAUGAAGAGAUUUUCUCCCACGCUGUGUCCGUCUUAAAAACUGCGUCAGAUAAAUUGAGACAAAACUUAAUUUACCCCCAAACCCUGGCUCGACUCUAUUAUAUCAGAGGAGGCAAAAACAAGUACAACCAAGCAGAAAAAUGGGCAAAGACAGCCAUUGAAAGAGCUCCAAACAACUCCUACGUGGCUGACACUCUCGGGCAGGUUUACAAGAAUCGUCUGAUGAAGGAAGCCAGGACCCUGGAGGACACAGAACGCAUGGGGAACGAGGCUUUGAAAGCCUUUGAAGAUGUGGAGAAAAAAGCAGAAGGAGAGGAGGGCCAGGACAUGAUGGAAAUGGCUGGUACUCUAAGCAUUUCUAAGACCUUCAAUAACCGAGGCCUUUUUGGCUUCAUUCAGGUGGCACAGAUAUUCUUAACAAAACUUCCUCGACAGGAACGUCGGCGUUACAUCCAAAACUUAAAAAUGAAAAUAGAAGCUAAGUUUGACUUUUUUGAACGUUACCUAACCUUCUCCCAGCCCGACGAGACAUCCACAGAGCCCCGUUACUUCUGGAAGGACAUUGUACUGUGUUACGAAAAGUUCACAACAGAAAAGGCAGCUGAGUCCGUGAGCUUCCCUGGUCUCCUGGAAGCUCUGAACCGUGGUCUUUUCACAUCAAAGGGACGGCGUGCGGGUUUCGUGGAGGCCGAGCUAACGGUGUCGGAUUUAGAGAGAAUCCAGGAGGAUUUGAGGACCGCCUACGAGGCCGAUCCCGACAACGUCCAGGCAGCGGAGAGUUACGUCCUGUCCAACAUCAUCUUGGGCCAGGAGAUGCAUGACUCUCCUAAGCUCACCCCCCUGAGUGAACUCCAAGCAAUAAUAAACCGAUUGUUGGAGACAGGGUCUAAAACCCCUGAACUUCACCUCAUGGCUGUGCUGUUGUUCUGGCCUGACGAAGAGCCUGAAACAGUGCCAGAUGAGGAGGACGAAGAAGUGGAGCCACCGGCUACGGAGGAUGAAGAAUCAGAGGACGAAUGCCGGGAGUUUGACACCAGAGACGAGGAAGAAGAAACAAGCGCAGAGUCAGAACAGUCUCUUGAGCUCCUGUCUAACCCCGACAUGAAACGCUAUGUUGCUCUCAUGGAGAAGGCCUACAUGACAUCCGAUGCCAAGUACCAUCGAGGCCGUUGCCUUCUGCCUCUGUUUUUUCUGGGGAAGGGCUCUGGACUGAGCAGAUGGAUCCAUAAGUCACGGUUGGACAAGAUCGUGGAAAACGAGGUGAAUAACGAGCUGGCUGCCGAAAGCGUUGAAAGUGCAGAGGAGAAAUGGAAGCUGUUCAGUAAAAAAUGGGCCGAUGGGGAUGUGUGGCAAAUCCCGGAAAUUCAAGACAUGCUUCUGCCAAUCCAGGUGGAGUUACCCAACUCUCCCACAACGCCACAGGAGCAUGAAGAAGAGGAAGUGCUUGCCUACGCUCGAGCAAAGAAAAUAAAGGUUAAAACCAAUCGUGAGCCAAAUUCAUCGCCGUGCCCGGUGCUUUUCUAUCUUGGCUUCACCAUACAGGGUCCUGUCGUCUUCUAAGUGGGGACACCUGGACAGGGAUUGAUGAAGAACUGAGAUAUUUCUUUGGUGGAUUGACCGAAAGAAAACAUUGUCGUCCCCACAAGUACCCUGGAAGGACUGCUACUUUAAGUAAUAUAGAAUGAUGAAAAAAACUGUUAUAUUUACCCCAAACCAUGUAGUUAUUCUGUGACUUUGAGGCAGUGCGUAAAGUAAAGAGUAAACCCUCAGGGUCAAAUCAACUCUUCUGCCAUUUUUUUGAUUUUUGUUCAAGCUCAUGUCCAACAAGUCAAGUUGAUUUUAUUGUUUUGCAUUAUUGAAUCAUGUGGGCGGUGGAUGGGUGUAUGACAUUUUUUAAUUUGGUCCUUUUUUUAUUAACUAUGCUUGGACUUACUUUAAGGGUAUAUUUUUUAAAAAAGCUGAUAUUGUCAUGAAGAUAUAUUUCUGACUUUUU